UGCUGCUGUUCAGACGGCAUUGCACAUGAAAUUAGACCGGUGAUUUCCGCUUUAUCGGCACUGGUUAUUAACCCCACAAAUUGCACAAUUGAUCUCCACUUAUCAUGAUUUAACUUGGUUACCUUACAAAGCUGUUAAAAUGACGUCGACGGGGGGAAGUCAGCUGAAGAGACUGAGUGAGGAGAGUCUGACCAGACAGCCAGAGGAAGUCUUUGAUGUCUUGGAGAAACUUGGAGAAGGAUCCUAUGGCAGUGUCUUCAAGGCAAUGCACAAGGAGUCUGGCCAGGUAUUGGCCAUCAAGCAGGUCCCUGUAGAUACAGACCUCCAAGAGAUCAUCAAGGAGAUCUCUAUCAUGCAGCAGUGUGACAGUCCUUAUGUCGUCAAAUACUACGGCAGCUACUUCAAGAAUACAGACUUAUGGAUUGUAAUGGAGUAUUGUGGAGCAGGAUCGGUCUCCGAUAUCAUGAGAAGACGUAGUAAGACGCUAACUGAAGACGAGGUCGCCACAAUUCUGCAGUCAACUUUAAAGGGUUUAGAAUACCUUCACUUCAUGCGUAAGAUUCACCGAGACAUCAAGGCUGGGAACAUCUUGCUGAAUAAUGAUGGUUUCGCGAAGCUGGCUGAUUUUGGAGUCGCUGGUCAACUCACGGACACGAUGGCUAAACGCAAUACAGUCAUCGGUACUCCGUUUUGGAUGGCGCCCGAGGUGAUCCAGGAGAUUGGUUAUGACUGUAAGGCAGACAUCUGGUCGCUAGGAAUCACAGCGUUAGAGAUGUGCGAAGGGAAACCCCCCUAUGCUGAGAUACAUCCCAUGAGGGCGAUCUUCAUGAUUCCCACGAAACCCCCUCCUACAUUCAGUGACCCUGAGGUCUUUUCAGCAGAGCUGAUUGAUUUCACCUCCAAGUGCCUCGUCAAGAAUCCCGAGGAAAGAGCAACUGCUACGGACCUCUUACAGCAUCCAUUCAUCAAGAAUGCAAAGCCAGUGACGAUACUCAGGGAGAUGAUUAAUGAGGCAAAUGAGAACCGGGAGAAAGAAAAGCUAAGAUUACAAGCCCAAGAUGGAGAAGAUGAUGAAGAUGCAGCCUCGGCAUUUGUGAAAGGUGACGAGCACGAUAUGUACACUAUAGUGGAAGAAGACGAGGUUGACGGUAGAGUGGAUGAUGACGACAUCGUUGACAGUGGUACCAUGGUAGCAAGAGGUAGAUCAUCCGGCUCAUCGGCGACGGCUCUCGCCAGCGACAAAGACACCUCACAAACAGACUCAGACACCAUGAUCCUACACAAUAGCGGGUCCGAUCACGAUAGCGGUACAAUGAUAGAGCAUGAUAGUGGAACGAUGAUCCAGCAUGAUAGCGGGACAAUGGUUGAACAUGAUAGCGGGACAAUGGUGGAACAUGAUAGUGGAACGAUGAUCAUGCAUGAAGACUCGGGGACUAUGAUAUCACAUGGGGAUCAUGACGGACUGGGUGAGAAUGAUAUGGGGACGAUGGUCAUCAAUAAAGAUGAAGACAUCAAUGGUGACUCGACAAUGAAGAGAAUAAACACUGACUCGGCAAACCAGAACUACCGGCCACUCUUCAUGGAUCACUUUGACCGUCAGCUCGAGGCCAAGCAAGGCAAAGCAGCAUCUGCGGAUCAACAACAGCAGCUUCAACAACAUCCUCUACAAACACCUCAACUCUUACCACCAGCGCCACCCUUCACUCAGCAGCAACAAGAACAAGAGAAACUAGCACAGCAACAACGACGACAGCAAACCCCACCCCAACAAAGGCAAAUCACACCCACGAGAUCGGAGCUUAGUCGACCAUUUCAUGAUAUGGAUUUUGAUUUUUUAAAAAAGUUAAGUUAUGACGACCUACAGGGCAGACUGCAGGCCUUAGACCCCCAGAUGGAGCAAGAAAUUGAAGAACUCAGAAAGAGGUAUCAGGAAAAGCGCAGACCAAUCAUCGAAGCUAUGGAUGUCAAACGGAAAAGACAACAAAACUUUUAGUUCUCUUGAUAUAUUUUGUAAAGUAUAGAAGACUGAAAAUGUAUAGAAUCGGAAGAUAACGAAGCGGAAGUUUGUAAACUGUGGAGCUGGAUUGAAAUUGUGAGAAUGCAAGCAAGCUACGGCCAAGUUCACGCGAGGACUAUCGUUGAGCAUAGAUUGACUAACAUUGCCCAAACUCUGUGUAGUUGGACUACUCUAGUUGACUAUUUGGAACCAACCUACCGGGCAUGGUUGCAUUGCUGGUUACCAAUAGCUGUGUUUGUGUAGCACAACGCAGAGUGGACCAGUUAUAACAACAUGAUAGCAUACGUGAAGUCGAAAGUCGUGUUGAUGACAUGACACUACAGUCGUUCGCAACUUCAGCGUGCAUGCCCUACGUACGUCACUAAACAACCACUCAUUUACCAUUGAUCCUUGCGCGAACUUUACCCUAACUGAAGGACACAGCAUCCAUGUUGGGUUCCUGGUCUACAGGCACAGAAAGACCAUUCAAUGAUGUCAGGAUCAAGAAGGCACCAGUCUGCCUGGGCACCAAGCCUCAUGUUGAUGGAAGUGAGUCGCAUACUUUGUAUGAAGGAACCCAAGAACACCAGCCUCGCUACCAUGGGCAGCGCUCUGUAUGGAUACCUCUCAUCACUAACUCUCGGUAGGAAAACACUAAAAGUCAAUGCUGAUUGGAUAACCAAGAGUGACUAUUUUGUACGCGAGUGUACAAAUGCACGUAUUUCGGUGCAAUACAUUUCAAAUGUAUCAUAUUUUAUGUGGUCACCCUAAAGUGUAUACAGUUAGAUGUAUAACAAGAUCAACAAAGAAUGAGAGGGAACCAGUUGCUCUAUGAAUUGAUGUGUCUUUUGACAGGGAAUUCUGGGAAGUCUCGUAACACAGAAUGGAUCAAUCAAAGGACUCUUUAAAAUAUCCAAUAUGGUCAAGAUUAAGUAUUGUUUGAAGCUUUGCAUGGUUUGCAGAAAUAAGGAGAAACUAUAAAUAUAGUAAACU